AUGGUCCUCGAGCUGGUGAUCCGGCGCGUGCUGGAGCUCAAGCACGAGCUCGUCAAGUGGAACCCGCCCAACGCGGACAUGCGCUUCCCGCCACCAGCCCCGGAGCAGGCGUUUCCUUGGGACUACGUCAACCUCGACGACAUCCUCGUGGAUCUGAAGCUCUCGCCGGACACACUCGACGUCGCUGUGCCCAGGCAAGAGCUUAGGGGAGAGGGGGGGAGGUACUUCAAACAGGAUAGCGCGGUCGAGAUCACCGCUCGGGACACGCUCGUCAAGGGCUACAUAAAGCUCAAGCUUAAAACCGCCGAUGGGUUGCCGCUGGACGACAAAGAGGACCCCGACUCGGCGGCAGGAGAAAUGUCACUAGAUCAGGCACUCGAGAUUAUUCAGCGGAACGAGCGAGGCAGGCAGGGAAAGCAGAGGGCCCUGCUGUUGAAGGAGCUCAGGGAAGAGGAAAAGAAGAGGCGCAUUUACGACGCGACGGAUCAGUUGGAAAUGGACCCGGAGAUCGCCGCCGCAAACAUCCAGGAGCGCGAGGACGAGAUGAUCUACAUCGGGAUGAAGCCCGCGGAGAGCACUCUGGACGACUUGCAGAGGGAGCUGGACAUUGCAGACGCGUACGAGGAGGCUCUGGAGGAUCUGAAGGACGUCGUGCUCGAAGAGGAGGGUCCAGAGAUGCGAGAGACUCUUCGGGAGGAGCGAACGCUGUGGGUGACGGAUCAGAUCGCGCAAGACAAGUUCCCGGAGGACCUCGAGGGGUUCUACUUGCUCAAGAACCCGCCGUCCGAGGAAAAACCUCCGGCGGAGGAGGAGGGCGGCGGCAAGAAGGGGAAGGGGAAAGACGCCAAAGGGAAGGGCGCCACAGAGGACAAGGGGAAGGGGAAGGGGGGCAAAGGAGGGAAAGGAGGGAAGGGGAAAAAGGGGGGCAAAGGAGGCGGGGGGGAUCCGGAUGAACCGCCGGAGUUGCCGCCUCCUCUGCAGGGGAAAUCCGAGCUCGCCGAGAAAAUCUUCGCCGAAGUCAAGUGA